AUGUUCACAGGAGUUCAUCACCUUUCAGCUCAGGUAAACUGUGAGGAGGGCCACAUCCUUGUCUUGUUUCAUUGCAAUGCCUCAACAACUGCACAAUUUGUGUUUGUUUGUAGGCAAUGACCUCCCAGGUCUCACCUCAUUUGCCUGUUGGCCAAACAAGUCUGACCAACGGUCUUUCAGCUUUUCACACCUACAUUUCAUCUGAGCGUGAAUUUGGGGGACCCACUUCUUAAUCAGGCUGCGGUGAGCCCAAAACUUGUUAUCACUGGAACACCGGUGGUUGUGAAGAGAAGGUGUUUGCCUUCACCUGGCAAGCAGAAAGCCCCCACCCCAGAUAAUAAGCUGACCGUGAUGCCCUGUGCUGGGAAGUACAGUAUGUGAAAUGUCAAAGGAGGAAGGGGAGUGGGGUUUCCUGUCACUGGGCUGGAUUAGAAACAUGAGCGGUAAUCUUGCAAUCGUGAUUGAAGAUAGAGAACUGGUAACUGUGGCUUCAGAUAGGAUGUUGUUGUGAUUUUGAAACAGAUAAAGCAGUUUUUCUGCUUGAUGAUACCUACACAUAUGCAAGCAGAAAUGUAAAGUGCAGUUUAGAUAAUUUAUCCUAACUGAAAAAGCAUUGGCACCACUGACCCAGCUGGGCAUGUUCAUUUUAUUUUAAUUUGCUGCUUAUACCUAUUUUCUUCAACUUGGAAAAUAAGACUGUUUUCUCUUGAAAACAAGUAUGUGCAGUUGCCUUUAUUCUUAAUAGAAAUUAUUCUGAAAUGCCCAUGCACUGACUCUCCAGCUACUAAACAUGGGGUGAAGAUUGAGUGCACAGAGAAAUCAGGUGUUGUGAAUGUUACUGCUGCUAAAAAAAUUAAAAUGGGGACAGGUGAUGUGCUGCUCUGGUUAUAUGUUAAUAGCACAUUGUCUUGAUAGUUUCUUCAGUGGCACAGCCAGGCUUGAUGGGGCCAUGGGCAGGUGGGGCAUACUGCUACCCUGCUUCCCCCGCCAAUGGUUGCUCACUGCCCCAGCCCACUUGCCAAGCAGUUGAAAGGGACUAGACGACCAGGGAGGAGCGAGAGAGCACACCCCUCCCCACCCCCGAAUGUCUGAGAUGGUUUGUAUCACCAGUCUUUGGCUAGAUCUUUUGAUAAUCCUAGAAAUCACUGUGUAAAAAUCUAGGAAACUGCAGACCAUUAGCUUAAUAUCUGUUCUGGGAAAAGUGGUGGAAAGCAUUACAGAUAUAAUUCUGAAUCAUGCAGAAGAACAAGUCUUGCUGGAGCACAACAAGCAUGGCUUUUGCAAGGCCAUCCUGUCGAACUAACCAUUCUGAGUUCUUUGAGAAUGUCAAUAAGCAUGUGGAUAGGGGUGAUCUGGUAGACAUUGUGCAUCAAGACCGUUAAACAGCUUUUGAGAAAUUUCCUCAGCAGAGAAAUUUCCUUAGCAGUCAUGGGUGAUGAGAACAAGUCUUUCCAUGUUUCAAGAACUGGAAGCAGAAUUAGUAUAGCCAAGGAUCCACAGCACCUGGGACUGGAACCUUUCUUUUUCUUCUCUUUUUUCAAAAGCAAGCUGAUGCUUGUAGCCAUUGAGGGAAAGCAGAGCUGUUUUCUCAUAAUCACUGACGGCAAAGGAUGAACGAGGUGCUUUGGUCGGCAGGCGAUAGGAUUUCCUGACCUACAGGAACAGUACAGGGACACUAACACCAAGUGCCGAUAUAAACCCUGAGAAACCUGGAGCUGGCCCCGAUAAGUAUACUGCAGAAGAAAGAGUAAAUGAAUAGUGACCAAAUAAGUUUGGAAAUGAUGCAUUUUAUUUGUGUUCUGGAACAGCAAAUAUCAGGAAAAUAUUCAGCCUUAUGCUUUAUUGUAAUCAUAAAUAUUUGUGAUUUUCAAAAGUAGCAACAAUAGUUUCAUCUUUUUGGUGAAUUGCUUUUCAUUUCUUUCUUUCUUUCUUUUUCUUUCUUUCUCUUUCUUUCUUUCUUCCUUUCUACAAUCCAGCGGUGUAUAAUUUUUGGGAAAUACUAAAAAACAGAAGCCAUAAAGUGUCUCCACCACUUUGUCUGAAGCAGUGGUCAGCCAUGUCCCUUUGAGAAUAUUAAAAGCAGCAAGACAUGAACCACAGCGUUCUCUUGGUACGAGAAGAAACUGGGUGGUUGAAUGAGCCCUGGGAAGGCUAUGCAAGGCUCUGUGUGUUCUUACCUCAAGCUUUGGUGUGCAUUAUGAAUGCCUACCCCAUUAUUAAAAUGGCCAUGAGGUUACUAUGGGAUUGCUUGGCCAAUGUUUACAUUCCACAAUAUUGUCCUUCGAGUCUCUCAAAGCUGCUAAAAAAAUUCUAGCAUUUGAAGAUGGGCAGUUUAUUGAAUUCUAAUAAUGACUUUAACCAAUGACAGCUAUUUGAACCAACUGACACGACCAGAUGAUUGGUUGUAAGUCACUCUGGGUUGCUUUGGGCAAUAUAAAGUGACUAACAAAAGUAAGAAAUAAGAUAGUAAGAUGCAGUCAGCCCUUCUAAAUAAACCCUCAGUCAUCCUGUGAAGGCACCCAGGCUUGAAAUUUUGGAUAUGUCAAAGAGCCUGUUGAAAAAGCUGUGCCACUAUUCUUACCAAGUGACUAGGAAAUGGUAAAAUCCUAGUUUCUGGGAAAUAUCUUAACAACUUUGUUCUCUGGGAGAAAACUCAGAUCAAACACUUACUGAUGCCCUUACUCACACAAAAGAAUCGAAUAACUGGCUUUUCCGCUUUUACCACCCAAAGAAAAUUUCUGCUAACAGAAGAUUUAAGAACAAGUCUGAUGCAUCAUCAAGCCUGAAAUCAGAGUCCAGAGGCAUCAUGCUGCCGCUUCCCACGUUGGCCAGCCAGAUGCGCCUGAGAGCCUAUAAGCCGAAUGGGAAAACAGCAGUUGUUUGCUCUCCAAGCACCUGGAAUUCAGGGGUAGACUGCCUCUGGACAAGGAGGUUCCCCUUCGCUGUCAUGGCAAUCAUAUUACUCAUAAACAUGGACCCAGCGUCAGCGUGCUGCCCCUUUGAAACCAUUUGUGCUUGGUUUUCCCUUCACGGGGCCUGUGACCUUCUCACUCCUGGGGUUUAGUUCGACCAGAAUCCGGAGUAUCCAUUUUCAGAGUUAACUCUCAAAAGAUGACUCCCCCGAGGUCCGACGAACAACGCAGGAGCUGCCCUUCCCCAUUGGCUCCGCCGCUGCAGGUAGGCGGGCCUUGGCCUUCCGCCCCUCGCCGACCCAGGUGCGAACGUGACGUCAGCAAAGCCCCCUCAACUGCCAGAAAGCGCGGGCUGAGGCGGCCGCUCGCUCUCGCCUUUUAAGCUUUCUUCCCCUCCCCCACCCCCAGCCGCGACCUUUUCGAAUGACGGCCGCUACGCGCAGGGCUUGAAAGCGAAAUACGUCACGAGUCUCCUCAGAUCAGACCCCCUCGCCAGGGAAUUUCCACACAAGUUCUCACCAAAGACAUUUAAAGCGCGCGACUCCCCCACCGCCCCAAAAAAGAAGAAUAUGAUUGGCUACUGUAGUUUAAGGGUGCUGGAGACUGUGGCUGUGAAGGGAGGAGGUGCCGGGUCUCUGCGAAGCCGCCCCUCCCCCCACCUUCUCGCCAUAGGCCAUGCAGGCAGCUUCGCGGUGAGCUCCCACAAUGCUGUUAGGAGACUUCUCCUCCCCCUCUUUCGCGAGCCAUAAUUCUCGCAGCCUUUUAACGGCUUUCCCCUUAGGGAAUUCUGGGAAUUGUAGUCCUUAUGGGGGGGGAAGCGGCGGAAAGUGGACCUCUAACGGUUCUCAGCACCCUUAACAAAAUACAGUUCCCAGGAUUCCUGGGGGGGGUUAAAUCGCCGCUCUUUAAAGUGGUAGGAGAUAGCACUUGAAAUGUGAGGGGCUGUUGUAAGAGAGGGAGAGCCGCGGCUGGCGCGGAAGGGGUUAAGGGGAGUCGGAGGCUCCUCCUCCUCACGGGAGUUCGAGUGUCGCUCUCUCUCCGGCUGUACCAUUCCUCCUGGAAGCGGGGGGGAGGAGGAGGGGAGGAACCAUUAAGGCUUCGCUGACGGAGAGCCAUCGCGAGCUUCCAGCGAGUGGCAGCAGCAGCAGCAAGCGCCCGCCUCGUCUCUAGAGGAGGAGGAGCUGCAGUUGCCGCCGCCUUUUGCACGUAAGAACGGGUGCAUACGCGUGCGGGAAAGAGGCGCGUGCAAAAGGUGGCGGGAUGGGGCGCCUGGGUGAAGCGAAGGCCUGGCUGUGGAGGCGGCGGGGCGAAAUCCUCCCUCGUAGCCGCCGGAAGGCCGCCCCUCCGUCUCGCAUGUUCAGCAACCUCCCUCCCUCCCUUGAGACUGAAAGCCGGGCAAAUCCCCCAAUGGGAAGCGCGGCGGGGGAGGCCUGGCUGGGCGCGCAUUCGCACGACUGAGGUGACCCGGGUUACGACACGCGCGUCAAGGUGGUCCAGGGGAGUGCGUGCCUCCGCCUCUCCGGGGCAGGCCUCCAGAUGACCGACAACAUCAGCCCCACCCCACGCCCCUUCUCCAGCCCUGCUCUAAGCAUACAGGCAGACAGCAACCAGGUCUGCUCCUCUGCCCUUGCUUUCCAUCUUUGGGUAGACCAGGCAUCCAGAUACCCAAGGCUGAAACCUCCAAUCUGUCCCCUGCUUUCGCAACUGUGCCCGCUGACCCCAAUUUCCUGAAAAAGGUCAAUGCACUAGGAUAACAGAGGACUACACUGCUGGACUGUAACUCCUUCCUACUCAGCUAAAUAGGUAUAGCAAAGCAGAGCUAUUUUGCACUGCUGGCAAUAAGCGGUGCACUCUCAGCUGCAUAGCCAUCUUGAUGCUGGUAUAAUAAUGAUGGGGUCUUUUAUGCAUAGAUACUGGCAAUGGAAUUAAUAUUUGAGAGGUUGCAAUUUCCACAGAGAUUUGAGCUGCAACGUUUCUAGGGAGAGAGGGUUCUGUGCUCUUUGUGUCGUCCCUGACAAGAGGGCACCAAUUGCAGGAGCCAUUUUACCAAAAAGGCUCUUACCGUCUGCUUCUGGUCCCCGAUUGUAGCCUUGAAUUCGUAUGGUUGGCCUGUGGGCCUGAUCCUACAGCUCUUCAAGUUUUAUUUCCUUUUCACUAUAGCCUCACUGUGUUAGUGCUGUACUUAAUAUUUUCUUCAACCCUUGCUAACUGUAAUAGCAUUCAAGCAUUGUGUGCAUUUCUCCGUCCUCUCAGUAAAUUCAGUUCAGAAGCUAUUUUUUUCAGCAUUAUGUCUGAAUCAGCUGCAACUGAUGGGAAGCCUGUCAGUUACCGGCCAUUACUGUACCACUCACAGUCAGAGCAGGCCUAGCUGCUGUAAUUGCUGGCAAAAGUAAUUGAAAAUGUGAAAGAAACCUGUGCUCCCAUGCCGAUUUACAGAACGUUUAACUAAGUGCGAGAUGUCUAGAUUACUGUCAUUGCAGUUGUUAUGUAGCGAGCCCUUGGGUCAUCUUGACUCUGCAUUUCUGCAUCCUCCCAAGGUGCUUAUUUGACCACUGAAAAGUUGGAAAAGGGGCAACAGAAAAAUGGUAGUCAGCCCACUGGGACUUGCUUCAGGCAGGAUUGCAGCUUGUGACCUUGCCAGAUUAAUGAUCAUUAUGACUUCCUUGCAAUAAAAGUUGGAGAUGAGGUUUCCUAUGUCUUCUCGGCAAGAGCUGGCUUCUGACGUAGGGAGAAAUGUCAUUCCCCAAGCACUUGGAAGUAAAUAACCUCAUUUCCCCACCAACAGGUUUUUCCCCUCAGUCACAAAUUGGUGGUUUGUUCAUUUUGGGCUGUAGUUAUGAGAUCGCUUCUUCUUGGGGACUUCCAGGGUGGCGCCAUCGGUAAUGGCGGACUCCCUCUGAUCCGGAGGGACUGGCUCUACGGAAAUCGGGUCUGUUCCGCUACGGCGAAGCGGGGACCCUUUAAAAAAUCACAGGCGGGUGAAGCCUGUGACCGUGGGACUCGGCGGGCACCUUUCGCGCCCCCCCCCAAUUUGCAAAGGAACCCAGUUACGGGCUCCGGAGCGAAGCGGGGCAAGCGGUGCGGUGCUGAGAGUCAACUGCUUCUUCCGUGGAGCGAAGCCGCACAGCCGUUACCGGAGAGCGCUACCUUUUUCCUGUGACAAUCUGGCUACAAAAACAACUACCCGUGAGUAGGUUGAAUUUGGGCAAUUGGACUCUAAACAACGACCCGUGAGUAGAACGGAAAAUUGGACUAAGAAAUUCCUUUUAAUUUGGCACUGAAGCGGGAAGGUCUAAACAGGAAGUCAGCCUUCCGCUCUUUGUAGAAAGAUUAAAGCAAAGACGUGGCAAGCUAGAGUUUAGAAAACCGUUUGUAAAGGAUUAACUUUCAUCAUCUAAAAUUACUGAACCCCCUUUGGAAGCAGGAGAAGAGGGGGGAUUUUUUCUGGACUGUUUAAACCUGCAGAAGAGUGUGUAAAGAAAAGCAAUUUUCCACCGUCUUGAACCUGGGAGCGGGGUGUCAGGACAGACGUUUUGGAGUUCAUUGACUAUAGACAAACGUUUUUGACAGACAGUUAAAAGAAGAGAAACAUAGUGAUUCCAUUGUUCUCCUUCGCAGUUAAAAGGAACAAAAUAUUGACAAAAUAUCUGAAAAAGGAAACUUUGUUGUUAGAUCAGCUUUUAAAAAAAAAAGAGAGAGAUGGAUACAAAUAGAAGUUCUUCCCCUAGAGGGAGCUUGUGAAGCUGUUAUUAAAUCUGAACUGGGGAGCUUUGCAGCUGCAAUAGAUUAAGAUCGUGGGAUCAGACUUUGACCUUGCACAACAAUGUACUCGGAGGCUCUGGUGCGUGCUUUCUGCAAGACAAGUGCUUUAUUGGAACAGUUACAUGAGAAGACGGAUUUGAUGACUGUUGCGAUCAGAAAUUUUGGACAGGUAGUGGGUAUCUACAUAGAACCCACUCAGGAAUCAAUUCAGGAGUGUGCUCUGACAGAUCAGAUGAGGGAGGAGGUUGCGGCUGGACCCCGGGAGGCAGAGAUGGAGGGAACUGUGGCCCAGCAGGAACAUGAGUUGUUGGACCUGUCGAAUGAACCUGGAAAAAGCCAGAUUUGGAGAGAUAGAGUCUUGUUUGGCUUGGAGAUGGGGGGCUGGAUUGACCCCCCCUAUGCAGGGAUGUUUUGACUUUUCAAGUCUGGCGUUGGGCCGGGAGGAGUUUGGGGUUGUGGGGGUCCUCAACUUUGGAGGGACCUUGAAACAUGCUUUUAAAUACCACAUGGAGUUCAGUGUGGACUAUGGAAAAGGGGCUGAUCUGUCGAGAAGGGACAAAAAUAUUGUCAAGGUGGAGUCUCCACGAGUGAAAGGAGCAGAAGACAAAGUAAAGUACAGUUAUAAAUAUGAAGAUGAUCUGCGGAAGGGACAUGGAAGAGACUUAAGGGCCUUGGACAUAAGGUUACCAGGUUAAUGAACUAGAUGGAUGAGAUAGAAAGGACUGACAAAACCCGAGACCAGGAGGAAGAGACGUUGGAUGAAGAUUGGAAGAAAGUUUUAAAAAAUUCUACUUAGGAAUGUUUUCCAAAAUUAAUGAGUAUUAGAAAAAUGUUGGAACGAAAUUAUUUGGCUUUAGCAGAAAUGUUAAAAAGAACUAUGUAAGAAUAUGCUAUGGCUAUGAGAAAUUGGUAUAAAUAAGAUUUAAGUUUUAAGUUUUAGGGUUCUUUAUGGUAAGAUAAGGUUAAAAUAGAUUAAGGUAAUUUAAUGACAGAAUAUUAUGAAAAAUGGAAAGGAUUUGCUGUGACAAUCAACAACUAGAAUACAAAAAAGGGAGGUGUGAGGAGGUCGAUGAAAUAAGGUAAUGACAGUUAAGGAUUUGGGAAUAUUGAAUCUGUUUUUAAAUCUUUGUGGCUUAUUUUUGCUUUCUGAUUUUGAUGUGUUAUGUGUUUUGUUUUUUGCUUUUUGCUUUUGAAUUUUAUCGAUUUGUAUUGUUUAAUUGCUAUUUGUUUCUUGUUUUUUCCUUCUUUUUCUCUUUGUUUUUUUGUAAUUUUAAAAUUCUCAAUAAACAUAAUUAAAAAAAAAAAAAAGAUCGCUUCUUCUUGCCUGGUGUCCCUCAUAACCAAGGCUCCACUUCAGUGGGUAUCUAUGAUCUCUUGUCUGCCUUGAAGAUUGACGUAGAUUUAAAAAAGGGUUGAGAUCAGAUAUGCAGCUGGCAGGAAGCUCCUAUUUCAUCACUCUUCCAAGAAAGAAAUGCUAAACCAGGGCUUUUUUCAGAAAAGUGCUGUGACCUUUGACCUUCCCAGGACUCUGUGGGUGUUUCUGGCCAUACUGAUGCUGGCUGCUUUAAGGUGCUGCUAAGGCACUUAACGUUGACCUCUGUCCAGCAAUUCUCCUUGCUAUAUCUUUCUUCUUUUCAGUAGCUCCUCAGUUUGGCUGCAACUUGGAUUAUUGAGCAGUGGUGAUUGAACAAUAAACUGUGCAGAUAAAUGUUGCUUUGCCUAACACUUUGUUUCUCUCUUGUUCUGUAGUGUGUGUGUGA